AUGUCGUCCCUACCUCGCAAAGAACAGAGCAGGACAGUGGAGAGCGUGGAUGGGGACUCUGAAGGGGACGGUUUCAGAGCGAACGACGACUGGCCCUGGAGCGCAGUGCAAGGCGGCGGUGGUGCUGAUGCUGGAGGGGGUGGUGGCGGUGGUGGUGCUGCUGCUGUUGGCGGGGGUGCUAGUGGUGCUAGUGGUGGUGGUGAUAGCGUCCGCGCUGAUGUGGCGUGGGUGGCUGGAGAAUUACAGGCCUUGCAGCGAUUGGUGCAGCAAGGGAGGGCGGAGCCUGGAAGUGCUGGAGCUGGUUUUGUGCAGCUGGAUGCGGUUGAGAGGGGCGAGAUCGCGGGAGAGAGAGCAGAUCCAGGGGAAGGAGGGUUGGAAGCAGAGAGUCGGGUAGAAGCUGGGGAGCUGGAGAAGGGUCGGGAAGGGGAGACGGAACAACUGCAGCUGCUACUUCAGCUGCAGCAGCGGCUGAAUAUGCUGACGAGUCAGCUAGCACGCCGAGUCAGCAUGCACAUGCUCACCACCAAUGAUACUCCUGGAACGCGGAACUCUAGAGAGGAUCCUGUUAUCACGAUCGACCAGCCUGCGGGAAACGAGGUACUUUAUAGCGGGGAUAAAUGCAACGGCAGCGGGUUCUUCAUUGAUGGUCUCAAUGAGGAGACAGGAGCGGAAUGGGGGGAGAGAGAGGGUGCCACUAGCAACGAACAGAUUCUGGGGAAAUCUGUUGAGAGGAAGCAAAAGGUGAAGAAGCAGGGAGAAAAGACGCAUGAAGGGGAUCAACAUGAAGAGAAGAAGCUUGAAGGAAAGAGAGGCACAGGGACGGAGAAGACGGUUGGGCGUAAGGGAGUGAAGGCUGGUCAGAAGGAGGCGAAAACGAGCAGGAAAGCUAAAGAGGGAAAAAGCGGCAAAGUGAAAAGCAGUGAAGCAGCAGGAGUAGCGGGAGCUGUGGUUGUAGAGGGUUCAGCAGCUGCUGAAGCUGGAGGGGAAUCAGCAGUGGUCACAGCAGGAGGAGAAUCAGCAGCUUUUGCAGCUGCAGAGGCGUCAGAUGCUGUAUUGGCCGGCAGGGUGGAUGGGCUGAAUGGUAGUUUGGAUGAGCGGAAUGGCAGCUUGGGUGAGCUAAACGGUGGUGCAGAUGAGCUGAACCAGCGGCUAGGCAAGCUGAGUGGCCCAGGAGAGGGGCAGACGAGGCAAGAAGAGGGGCGGAGUAGGCAGGUGGCUGAGGUGAGUGAUCGAGCGGCUGAGCCGAGCGAACAGGCAUGCGAGCUGAAUGCGCUGGAAGAAGGAGGGUGGACUCGUCAGGUUGAUGGGGCUGGCAGUGGGGAGUCUGAGGUGACUUUUGAGUCGACUCAAAAGUCACCUCGUUACUAUGGGGCGGGCAGUGGGGAGUCUGAGCGCUGGGGAACGCAGCAGCCGCUGGGGCGGGUAGAGAGGGGGUCGCCUGGAUGUGAUGAUGUGGUGAGAGCUGCAAGCGUGGAGUUGGUUCAGAAUGGAUAUUCAGACGUGGAUGAGCGAGAACAGAGAGGUCUGGGUGCUGCUGAGGGUGUGGGGGACGGUGGUGGUGGAACAGCUAGGGCAGAAGCGACUGAUGCAAAGGCAGAGGAGGCAGCAGAAGGUGCCGAAACCGAAGCAGCAGAAAGUGCAGUGGGGCGAGCAGCAGACGUUGCUGCGGACGAUGCAGCAGAUGGUGCGGCAGUCAGAGAAGCAGACGCUGCAGCAGAUGGUGUGGCAGUCAGAGAAGCGAUUGUAUCACUGGGGAGAAAGGCAACAGAGGCAGAGCAGCAGACAAUGGGGGCAGGCGUGGUUGUGGUGGCUGGUGCAGGAGAGGCAGACACGGCGGCCACCGGAAGCUUCCGUGACUUCCUGGACUCCCCACCUGUACACGGGCCAGCAGCAGGGGGAGCAGGGGCAGUAGGGCCAUCAGGGUCAGGAGGUUCUCAGGGCACAGGGCAUGGUGACGUGGAGGCUCCACGUCACCUGCGAGAGUCUCAGGGCGGGGGGCAUGCUGACGUGGAGUCUCCAUUGCGGCAGGGAUCUCUGGAUUUUGCAGCUGCGAGUGUGGGCACAGGAGGGGACGGAAGCGGCAUGGGAGACAUGGAAGGGGGGGCCAGCGGACGAGUUGAAGGGAAUAGGGGAUCAGUGACAGGAAAAAGCGGUGGAUCUGGGACUGCUGCUUCACUCUGGGUCAGCUCCCCUGCUUCUGCCCGCUCCCCUGCUUCUGCCCAAUCUCCUGUGCCUGCCCGCUCACCUGCUCCCGCCCGCUCACCCGCGUUUGCCCGUUCUGAAACCGUCCCAGCGCCCUCCUCCCACGACUCCUCUGCUGACGAGGAGGUGAGGACGCCCAGAGGCCGGAACCACACAAAGCACUCCUCCACUGCAGGCGACCUAUCAACCAGCGGCACUGCAGCAGCAACAGCAGGAGCAGGAGCAGCAGCAGCAGGAGCAGGAGCAGGAGCAGCAGCAGGAGCAGCGGGUGGCAUCGCAGUGAGGGACCUGUCCUCGCGUCCCUGUGACCUCUCAGUGGCUCUGCUUCGCACCGUGGCUUCUGUAUACAUGAGGCACGGCACACACGUGCUGCUGCCCCCCGCCUUCUGGGACGAGAGGGGCGUGAACGUCUCAGGCCUGCACCAGGGGCACAGGUCUCGCGCCCCUGCCUUAGAUGGCUCUCCUCAGGACUCUGGCGGCGCUGGCCCUCCUCCUGCCUCUUCUAAUGCUACUGGCGCUAAUAAUACUGGUGGGCCUGCUGGUGAUGCGGCUGGGUUGGAGGAUGCGGUGAGGGCUCCUAACAGCGGCAGCACGUCAGAAGGAGAAGAGGCCUUCAGCCCUGACCAACCCCCGGGAUGCAUGGCCCUCCCAGACUCUACAGCGGCCAAACCUCAGCACUGGGAGAUAAGUGCUGAGGGGGAGCAGGGGAAUCCCCAGGAGAAAGCUCAGGAGAAAGCCCAGCACGUGGCCAGUCCAAAGCUGUUUCGGCAGGCGUCGGAGCAGGGAGGGGAGAGGAGAAGCAGCUGGAGGCGAAGCCUAGGGGGGCUAGGAGGUCUGGGAGGGAGCUUGGGGGGAUUGAGUGGAGGGCUGGGGGUUAUGGCAGAUAUGGCUGCCGCCUUCCCCCGCCAGGGCUCCGUGAACAGUGCGCUCAGUGCCAGACGCAGCCAACAAAUGCCGCCCGGGCCAGGCUCAGGGAAUCCGAGAGGGGAUGGUGAAGUGCCAGCAGGGGGAGGAGCAGGGGAGCAAGAAGGUUUAGAAGGGGCAGGAGGGACAGGAGGGACAGGAGGAAGGGGAAAGGCAGGAGGGAAAGAAGGAAGCAGGGUAAGAGGACAAGAUCCAAAGGGGUCGAAUCCCUCCUCUCCGCAUCUUAAAGGCACAGCCAAGGCCAGGUUUCCCCUGUCAAUGUCCCUGGGCUCUCACAAUCACAACGCAGAUGCUGCAAGGGAGGGCGUACGGAGUGGGCUGCUGAGGCUGUUCCAGGGGGGAACGCGAGGCAGGGAGAGGGGGCACGAGGGGGCAGCAGGGGGCAAGGCGGAAGGCGGUGGAUGCGAGGGGGAUUUAGACGAGGGCGGUUUGAAGUCUGGGGUAGAAUCCGUGCAUGAGUGUCUUUCAGCGGGUAAUUCCCCUGAAAUCAGCCCACGGCACCAGAAUCUCUGCAACCCCUCCUCUUCCUCCACUGUGAGGCUACCACCCUCAACGCUACCCCCUGUAACGCCAUCCUCCCUGCAGCGCCCUCCUGCUGUGACCCCUCUGGAUACAGCCUCGUUGCUUUCUGACUCUGACUCCCUCUCCCCCCUCGCCUCCCCGUUCGCUCCCUCUGGUGAUGCGGGCGAGGCGAAAGAAGGGGCGAGAGAGCACCAGAAGCAGCAGCAGAGACUGCAGGGGCUGCAGGGGCAGGGGCAGCAGGGGAAGGAGCUAGGGAGAGGGCAGAUGAUGGUGCAGGGAGGGAGGGCUCUGUUGGUGGGUGCUACGGCAGGGCGAGGAGCAAGAAUGGGCAGUGGACGCGGCACUGCUGCUGCUGCUGAUAGCGGCGGUGCUGGUGCUGGUGCUGGUGGUGGUGGUGGUGGUGGGGGCAGCAGUCUUGCUGGCACCAGUGCUGGGAGGGGAGGUGGAAGAGGAGGAGGCAGGAAGAUGCAGCGCGCACAGAGCAGCACUGCCGCAGAGCUCAGAGCCAUCAGCGGCCCCUGGAAACUCGCAGCAGCAGGAGCAGCACCUGACGGUGUCCCCGGCAGGUAUCCCCCGCCCCUGCACCUCCCGCCCUUGCACCCGCCUUCAGCGCGCCUCUCCUCCUCGGUGCACCCCUCAACGCCCGCCCCUGGUAACAUGGCUGGCAUGCCUGCUGGUGCGGGGCGCAUGGGUGGUGCUUACGGCAGGGGGUGGAGGGGUGGGGAAGGCUCUGAUGCGCUCCUGCCUCCUAGCAACGCUCUCCAAACACAUCUGCCUCUCUCCGGUGUUGACUUUCCCCGCUCCCACACCUUUCAUUCUGGCCCCUCCCGCCCCCAGUUCUCUCAAUCCUCAUAUCCCUCGCAGCCCUCGCAACCCUCUCAGCCCUCUCAAUCCUCAUAUCCCUCUCAUCCCUCGCAUCCCUCUCAGCCCUCUCAUCCCCCUCAUCCCUCUCAUCCCUCUCAUCCCUCGCCCUCUCAGCCCUCUCAUCCCUCUCAUCCCUCUCAUCCCUCUCAUCCCUCUCAGCCCUCUCAUCCUGACCCCUCUUGUCCUCGGAAGUCCCAAUCGGGGCCCCUCUAUCCCAGAGCAUCCAAAAAGUAUCCCACCAGCAGACAGCAUCCCUUGUCGCCGCUAGCUGCAGGCGCCCCUUUGGCUCUCCACCCUCUCUACGAGUCCACACAGCACCAGCAGCAACAGCAGCAGCAGCAGCAGCAGCAGCAGCAGUUAGCAACCGUUCCCACCAAGCCACUGGCCCUGGCCAACCCAACCACAGCCAACCCAGGCAGCUCAAUCGCAGCCCACCCAGCCGGCUCAACCACAACUGACCCGGGCGGCUCAACCUUACCCAACCCUAUCCGCACGCGUCUUCUCCUCCCAAAAAGCCCCUCUGAGGGCGCAUAUUCUGGCCGCCCGCCCAAGAGCCCGACCCCCCAUGCCGCCUCCUGCCUCUCCCCAUCUGAUGGCGCGUACUCUGGCCGCCCCCCCAGGAGCCCUACUCCGCAUGCCUCCUCCUGCCUCUCCCCAUCUGAACGUGUUCUUUCUUCUAACUCCCCCUCUGCUGCGUCCCCUUACUCCUUGCUGGGACCCAAGCGGGGAAAAGGAGGGCCGGGCGUGAAAGGGGGAGAGGGUGGGGAUGGUGCCUGCGGUGCUGAUGGGGCAGGGUGGGAGCUGGUGGUGGCAGAGGCUGUACCUGAGGAAGGCGCAUAUGUGCAUGCUGACGUGGCAGCACUUAAGAGACACAGGCACUACGUGGAUCAGUUGCGUCUCGUAGACCCUGCCUCUCUCUCACACACGGAGAGGCUCGUCUUUUGGAUCAACGUGUACAAUGCCCUCUUGCUCUCGACCUACAUCACCAACGGUUGUCCUGACACUCACCUGCGCCGCAUUGCCCUGCUGCAAACCGCAUCAUACACCGUCGGAGUUCAUGCAGUCACAGCCACAGACAUCGAGUUUGCCAUUCUCAGAGCCCCUGCUGCCAGGCCCUCUCCUCUGGCCAAGGCACUGAACGCCACGCCCUUUCCGCCAGAUGACCCGAGGCAGCAGUGGGUGGUGGGGGAGGCGGAGCCACUGGUGUCGUUUGCUCUCUCACCAGGGUCGCUCAGCGCGCCUGUGCUGCGAGCCUACCUGCCACACUCCCUGCAAUCGCAGCUGGAGCAUGCAAGGGAUCUCUAUCUCGCCAGCUGCAUCGGCAUGACUGCUGACAACCGCGUCUGCCUCCCCCGCCUCCUCAAGUG